CACUGUGGUCGCCAUCUUGGAAAAGUAGCUUUUAAUAUUUAGAACAAAUAAGCACUGUAAGAUGUAAGAUGCCUUGAGUUUUAUAUAUUUACGAUGGAGAUAAAGGAAAAGGAAUCCUCUUCUCCCAAGGCAUGACUCUAGCUAUCCUUUAGCUACAAAAGAAUUGAAGUUUUAGUUUGAAGUUAGCUAGAUAUAAGACGCUCUGAGGGUGGCCUUAUAUACUGUACAAUCAUGGAUGAUAAGAUCUCUGAGCCCGUCAGUGAGACAGAUGCAAAGCUCUUGAAAGGAUUAGGAGGAGUUGGAUUGGUUGUCACGAUUAUCUUUACUAUAUCGUUUGGUCUUAUGAUAGUCAUCUUAAUUAAAAGACAAAUCCUUAGGAUGUUGUUGAUAUCCAAGAGAGGUCCUCAUAUAACUGUGGGUGCUGAUGCGCCAAGGAGCUUGCUAAGGGAUAUAGAAUUGAGACUCAGAAGGAUUGCAAUAUUAAGAAUAGAACCAAGAAUGAUGUCUGAACAGUUUAACAAACAAACUGAAGAAGAAAAUGAAUUUGAUUCUCCUCCAGAUCAAUAUGCUCGUGGCUAUAAGUACAGAAUGAAAGCAAUGGACAAAAUGGGUGAAUUAGAUGACCUGAUAUGUUCUAUUAACUACAAAUACACUCGGCGCAAAGGACAAUCAGUAAGGGGAUACCUAAAGAUGUUACAGAAACACCCAUAUAAUGUAAUYAGGGGUGGGAAUGAAACUAUUGACAAACUGGCUGAUAUGUAUGAGCAUGCAAGGUUUGAGGCAAAGGAAUUUGGCAAUAUACAGUACAAGAAGUUUGCAUACUUGGUGGAGCAGGUUAAAGACAGGGUAAGACUAUACACAAAUGUACCAGGCAGCCUUAUCAUCAACACCUCAAGCAAACAACCUAAAAAGCCUCCCAUUUCAAGUACAAAAGUUGCAGAUGCAAGCCCAGAACAUGGAGGACAAGAGGAAGACAAGCAGGAGGCAGAAGCUGCAGGUACAAGCUCACCUGCUAAAGAUGAACACCAUGAACUACAAGAAAUGAAUGUGAAGGAUGAUGAGGUUGAAGUUGGGGAUAAGUCAAAAGAUUCCCCAGAAAAGAGUACUAAAUCAGCAGAUGAAUCUACAGUAGCGGACACUGUUGUUUUGAUUCACAGUGAUGGGGUCAAAGAAAAUAUUGAAAGUGGAAAGGGAAAAGAAGUAUUAUAGUAGUAUUACAGUAGUAUUAAGUAUUAUAUAAGUAUUAUAGUGCCACUGAUAUUAGCCUUUCUAAAGUACUUAUAUAUGUGUUGCAUCAUGGGCUGUUUUGAGGGGUGCUUCAUCAUAUCGUCAGUUAACGUCUCAUUCACUUCAAGAAAGGAGAGAAAUUUGAAAAUUAGCAAGACAAUUUAAAAGGCCCUUUUUUUGCUAUCAACAAGCGAGAAAGACACUAUAUACACUGUAAGUUAGUAUUUUAAAGCAUCCCGUAAAACAGCUAGUCUCAUGAUGAAAUGUGUUUGCAACUCUGGAAAGGCUAAUUGUCUGUUACAUCGUGAAGGUCUAGCGAAACAUUUUGUUUCUGAGAGGCUGGGGUGGGAAAUAUUGUACAUAAUUGGGGGGGGGGGGGGACUCAAAGACAAAGACAUUUAAAUAUGACUGGGAACUCAACUAUUAUAAUAGCCAAUAGAAAGAGGUGUCACAAACUCCCUGAGAUCCCCCUGGAAAUUGACCUGAGUAACAUUAAUUAAUGGUAGAAUUGUAUAUAGAUUAGGCUUGUUAUUAAAAUUAUACUAUUGUAUUAGGGCUUUGAAUUAAAUAUAGAUGGAUAGGAAGCGUAAUGAAUUCAUGUGGUAACUAUCAUAUGCAAAUGUUUUGUUAAAACGUUUAUAGAUUUCACCCAUUGUUUGAUCUCUCUUGUUUCCUGACAUCAAAGAAUGCUUAAGACCAAACAUUUCUAUUUAACCCAUAAAAAUGGAAAAAUUUUUGUGUAAGAAAGAAAAGUGCAUGAAAACACUCAUAUAUAGGAAUCRUUUGAAUUGAGUAUUUCCAUUACACACCAUGAAACAAAAAGACUUGUUGGAUCAAAGGCUGCUACAGAACCCGUAACAAUUAUAUUGCCAAAGAAAUUAUGCAACUAUUUUGAACUUAGCAGAUAUGGAUUUAUGCAAAUGAGACAAAAAGCAUUGUAUUGACCUGAUAGCCUCGCUUGUAUAAUUCUUAAACAAAAGAAUAUCACAGUGCGCACCAUCAGCUUCCAUUGAUAGCAGUUGGAUUACAACUGAAAGAACUAGUUCACACUAGUUUUUAGCUAGUUAUAUCUUAUUACUGAAAGAACUACCGAAGUUAAAUAUAGGUACUUUACUAAAAACAGCUAUUCAAUAAAGUUCGUAAUGCAUGUCUUAAUGAGUUUGAAAAGAAGACGUUUUAAGAGAAAACCAAGCUCUGGGAUGUGUGCUAUAGCAUUUUCCUUUGCACGUAAUAUAUCUUAGURAAGAUUUGGUUUUAAAACACUUAUAAAAUUUAUGACGACUAGUUUGGCAUCCAAACCUUCAAGAACCAAAUAGUCAUUAUAAAUUUUAUAAAUAUGUCUUUAAUGGUUUUAAUUAACCAAGCAAAGUGUAAAACCAGAAGAGCUAAUGGUUCUUACUGACCACCAAUAGCUUAUUAAAAAAAUUACUAGAUA